GUCCUCAUGCCAUGCUGGGCCAGAGGCUCAGCUAGACAUGUAGUUACCCAUAUCCGGGUUAGAGAGGAAAGGAAAGUUUGAUUUUUAAAACAGAUCUGGAGAAAGUUUUCUACCUAUUUAACAAAAAUAGAAAAUAGAAUUUAAUUUAUUAUUAUAAUCACCAUGCAACAGAAGAGAAUGUGAGCCUAUUUUUCUUUUGCUUUCAAACUGGAGGAGGACAAGUUUUUUUUCUUUUUUAAUAAUAUUUAAUGAUCGGGUGUAAAAGGAAGCAGACGUGUCUGUGUCUUUCCCUGCUCUCCGACUGAUUUUCUGAGAGAUGAUCAUGGCUGCUCAAGUAGCAGCAGCUCCGGCCAACAGUAGCAACAACGGUGGUAGCCCCGGCCUGAGCGGCCCCGACCCAAACAGCGUCAACAACGGAAAACCGGCGGCUCCGGUAGGAGGACUCGGCGGUGACGGCGGAGAUCCCAGUGGCGGCGGCUUGAACCUAAACAGCGUUGAUCAUCAUCACCAUCCUCGCCACCACCACCAGCACCACCUUCCCCACCAGCAGCACCACGGCGAGCUCACCAUGGCCAACUCCUCGGGGCCUGGCCCCAGUCCGGCCAACAACGGCGGAGGCAGCGGCGCUGCUGGAGGCUCGGGGUCGGCCUCGUCCAACCCGAACCCAGAGCCAACGCACAAAGAACCCGCCUCAGCCUCGCCUUCCUCGGCGUCCACCGCCUCCUCCUCAUCUUCGGCCGCCAGUGAGGCGGGGAUAAUUCCCAAUCACAAACUGAAACCCACCGGCGCUGAAUUGUUGCUUCCUCCCCAUCAUCAAGGAGAAGGAGGCGGCGGGGCAGAGACUCAACAUGGAGGCGGUGGUGGGAAAGACAACAUCUUGUUAAGCGCUGACAACCAGGGCAACAAUAAUAAGGCCGACGACCAAUUGCUCAAAAUGGGCGAUCAGAGAUAUGAGCACCCGGCAGGCUCCAAUAUUCAAGCAGAGCCGGCGCCUGGCCUCCACGAUUAUAAUUAUUAUUACCGGGCGGCGGCGGCAGGAACAGGCCCCGGUCCAGGACCCUACUUCGAUCAACAUGGCGGACAACAAAGCCCGGGGCUUGGGCUUCAUCCUUCCAGCAGCUUGGAGCUGAGCGCCAGCCCGCUACACAAUUCUCACGACGGCUACUCCAACAACUACAACCACUACUCGGGGUACAGGCCGGCUUACAGCAGCCCUGGUUACGGCAUAAUGAACUCUCCCAGGGCCAACAAUAUGGGAUCCAGUGGGGCCACCAACAGCGGCCACCAUCAAGGCAAGCAGCAGCCGCCUCUGGCCGGGGCAUUUCAGCGCUACUCAGGCCAAAACCAGCAUUCGGGGGCCACGCCAACUCUCAACCAGCUACUGACCUCCCCCAGCCCCAUGAGGGGAUAUGGCUUUCCGGACUACAGUAAUCCCGGCCCUUCGCAGACCUCGUUCAAAGGGAACGACAUAGGCAGUCAAUACGGAGUAGGCAGCAGCCAACCCUGGGGAGGCGGAGGCGGAGGUGGUGGUGGUGGCGGCGGAGCAGGACAAGCCCGCAGCCACACGGCCAUGAGCCCUGGCAGCUCGGCGCAGCCUCUGGGCAGGACACAGAGCAACCCAGUUGAACAAAUGGGAAUGAAGAGACCCCAGCUAUAUGGGAUGAACAACAAUCCUUAUUCGCAGCAGCAUCAACAGCAGAGUGGACCUUACCCAGGGCAGUCAUAUGGACCUCCUACACCACAGCGUUAUCCAAUCUCCGUGCAGGGUAGAAAUCCAACUAACAUGGGAGGAAUGCAGUACUUACAACAACAGAUGCCCCCUCAAUAUAGUCAGCAGGGUAUGACUGGCUACUGCCAACAGCCUUACUACAAUCAGCAGCAACAACAACAAUCUUCAUACAUGCAACAAGCACAGCAGAGGUACCAGACCCAACAGCAACAGGAUAUAUCUCAGGAAGGCUAUGGAGCUCGUACUGUGCCACCGUUGACACCUAGCAAGCCCAACCAUGAAGAUUUGAACUUGUUACAGCAGGAACGACCAUCAAGUUUGCCCGAUUUAUCUGGAUCCAUUGAUGAUUUACCAACAGGGACAGAAGGUACACUAAGUUCUGGAGUUAGUGCUUCAGGAUCCUCAAGUGGCCAAGGAGAACAGAGUAAUCCUGCACAAUCACCCUUCUCCCCUCAUGCUUCUCCUCACCUGUCUGGUAUCCAGGGCCCCUCCCCCUCUCCUGUUGGUUCUCCUGUUGGAAGUAAUCAGUCCAGGUCUGGACCCCUGUCCCCAGCAGGUGUAUCAGGAACUCCAAUGCCAGCUCAACCUUCCAAUAGCCAAUCAGAUGCUAGCUCUCAUCCUAUCAUGAGUCAGUCACCUAUAUCACAGGAUAGAGGUUUUAUGCCAGGUAUGCAAAGAAACUCGCAAAUAUCUCAGUAUGGAUCUCAGCAUUCUGGUCCUCCUGUUUCUCCACAUCCAUCGCCUGGAGGACAGAUGCAACCUGGUACAGUUCCUUACCAGCAGAGCAACUCCAGCAGCACUUAUGGUCCUCAAAGUGGGCAGUAUGGACCACAAGGUUGUGCCAUGACAGUUAAAAGAAAUGGCAGCACUCAUGGAAUGGAAGGAAAGGACAGGGGCACUGUCGAUCUCGAAGUAGCAAAGGUCGUCGACGGAAGCGCUGGAGGUAAUUAUCCCAGACCGUCAAAUUACGGUGUAGUACCGAACACCAACUACAGUGGUCCAGGUCCAGGCAUGUGUAACAACAUGGGUAUGAAUGUGACCAACCAGAUGCAUGGCCAGGGUCCAACUCAACCUUGCAGUAACAUGACUGUGGGGAGAAUGCCAUCAUCAGGGAUGUCAAACUGGCCAUACUCUGGCAACACGGGAAAUGUGCCCCCAAACUCCCCAAACAUGUCACAACAGGUUGGCGCAGGAAUGGGUCCACCCAUGGCAACGAUAAAUCGCAAGGCGCAGGAGGCUGCUGCUGCAGUGAUGCAGGCUGCAGCAAACUCUGCUCAAAACAGGCCACCGUAUAUUAGGUCGCCUGGUUUUCCCAGUCAAACUGGGCCUGGUGGACGUCCUGUGUUUCCACCGCAACAUCCCAACUAUGGCAACACUCAGGCUUCCAUGAUGUACCAGCCUGACCAGUACGGGCAAACUGGAUACACUGGAAUGAACCAAAGCAGUAUGAUGGGCUCUAGCCCCCCCUACAGCCAGCCUGUGAACAACAGCUCGAUAAUGACAAACCCUCAGACUACUCCAUACAACAUGGCAUCCAACAUGGUGAACAACUCUUCAGCUUCAAUGGGUCUCGGAGCAGACAUGAUGACACAGGCCGAUUCCAAACUUCAAGUACCUCAGAAAAUGGAUAUUAAAGAAGAAGGACCCCCUUCGACUGAGACCAAGUCUAAGGAUAGCUACAACUCUCAGGGUAUUUCCCAGCCCCUUACCUCAGGCAACCUGCCAAUCCUUUCCCCCAUGUCCCCAAGCUCUACUAGCAUCUCCUCAAUGCAUGGAGAUGAAAGUGAUAGCAUUAGCAGCCCAGGCUGGCCAAAGACUCCGUCAAGCCCUAAAUCACACUCUUCCACAACUGGUGAGAAGAUAACCAGGCUGUAUGAGCUGGGGAGUGAACAGGAGCGCAAGAUGUGGAUAGACCGUUAUCUGACCUUCAUGGAGGAAAGAGGAACGCCAGUGACCACAUUACCUGCUGUGGGCAAAAAACCAUUGGAUCUUUAUCGACUUUAUGUCUGUGUUAAGGAAGUUGGUGGUUUGGCACAGGUUAACAAAAACAAAAAAUGGCGUGAAUUGGCAACGGCCCUGUGCGUAGGUACAUCAAGCAGUGCAGCCAGCUCACUAAAGAAACAAUACAUUCAGUACCUGUUUGCCUUUGAAUGUAAGAUUGAACGUGGAGAAGAACCCCCUCCUGAGAUGUUCAGUUCUGCUGAAUCUAAAAAGCAGCCAAAAAUACAACCACCUUCUCCUGCAGGUUCAGGUUCCUUGCAAGGACCACAGACACCCCAGUCCACCAGCAGCUCAUUGGCGGAAAGUGGAGAUUUGAAACCGCCAACCCCUGUCUCAACACCACUAGGACAAAUGACACCUAUUCAGGGUAACAGGAAUAAUGCAAUCAGUGUGCAGGAUCCCUUCUCCGAUGUUAGUGAUCCAGCAUUCCAGAAAUGGGGCUCCAUGACCCCAAAUGCACCAUACCAACAGGGAAUGAAUAUGCCUGAAGUGAUGAGCCGAAUGUCAUAUGAACCCAAUAAGGAUCCCUUUGGUGGUAUGAGGAAAGUGCCUGGAAGUAAUGAUCCUUUUAUGCCCCCUGGAGUCAUCCCUAACAGUGGGAUGCAGGAUCUGUACAACCGUACACCAUCGGGAGGAAUGGUUAAUUUGAAUGUGGGUCAGCGGCAGCAGUAUGCUUAUGGAUCUGGCUAUGAGCGAAGGCCUGAACAUGGAAUGGGUCCUGAAGGCAAUAUGGGUCCUCCAGGAGGCCAGUCUAAUAUGAUGUCAGCAAAUACUGACUCCAGCAUGUACUCACCAAACCGCUACCCUGCACAACAAAGGCACGAUCCUUAUGGGCAGCAGUACCCAGGCCACGGUCCUCCCUCAGGACAGACAGCAUAUGGAGGUCAUCAGACAGGAAUUUAUCCACAGCAGCAGAAUUAUAAACGACCCAUGGAAGGCAUGUAUGGUCCCCCACCAAAGCGUCAUGAGAGUGAUAUGUUCAACAUGCAGUAUGGCAACCAACAGCAGGAAAUAUUCAACCAAUAUGGAAACACUUACUCUGGACCAGACAGGAGAUCCAUGCAAAACCAGUACCCCUUGACGUACAAUAGAGAGAGGAUGCAGGGUCCAGGCCCAGGCCCAGUGCAGCAACAUGGAAUACCACCACAAAUGAUGGGAGGACCAAUGCAAGUAUCCUCUGCCGAAGGGCCACAGCAGGGCGUGUGGCAAUCACGGAAUGAUACGACAAUCACGUCUUACUCGUACCCAAACAGGCAAGGCCCCGGAGCACCUCCGCCAGCAUCGCCAUAUUCAGGGAUGAAUCGCACUGAUGAAAUGACAUUACCUGACCAGAGAAUGAACCAUGAAGGUCAAUGGCCUUCUCAUGUGAACCAGCGUCAGCCUUCCUACAUGUCUUCAGCUUCCAUGCCAUCUAUCUCACGACCUUCUCAGUCCUCCUAUCAGGCAACUUCAAUGCCAAACCACAUUUCCAGAGCUCCAAGUCCAGCUCCCUUUCAACGAUCUUUAGAAAACCGAAUGUCUCCCAGCAAGACUCCAUAUAUGUCAUCCAUGAAGAUGCAGAAGGUUGGCCCUCCAGUUCCAACCCCUCAGGUUGUUGCUGCACAACAACAACAACCCCCUAUGAGGCGGGAAAUUACAUUCCCUCCCAGUUCAGUGGAAGCAUCGCAACCAGUCUUAAAAGCAAGACGAAAACUUACCUCAAAAGAUACUGGAGCUCCUGAGGCAUGGAGAGUUAUGAUGUCUCUCAAAUCUGGUCUGUUGGCAGAAAGCACUUGGGCUCUGGAUACCAUCAACAUCUUACUUUAUGAUGAUAGCACUGUAGCCACAUUCAACCUCUCCCAAUUGUCUGGGUUCUUGGAGCUUCUGGUGGAAUAUUUCCGAAGGUGCUUGAUAGAAAUAUUUGGAAUAUUGAAAGAAUAUGAGGUUGGAGAUCCAGGUCAGAAGGCUCUCCUUGAUCCAGAUGCUUUUAAGAAAGAUGAUGUUAACUGUACUGUGGAUGAUAUUAAGAAAGACGAGGCUGAAGAACACCUAGAUUAUGACGAUGAUUACGACGAUUGUGAUGGUGAUGACAUUGACGAAGAGGAAGAUGGCCAGUCUGGAAAUGAAGAGAGCCGAGUCAACAUUGCAACAGAUGAUUCACAUGUUAGUGAUGAGAAACUAAAACAAGCCAGUAAAUUUGACAGACUGCCAUUGAAGAUUGUGAAGAAAAAGGAUCUUUUUGUGGUUGAUUGUACAAAUAAACUUGGUAGAGUUCAAGAAUUCGAAAGUGGAUUGCUCCAUUGGAAGAUUGGUGGAGGCGAUACAACGGAGCACGUUCAGACCCAUUUUGAGAGUAAAAUGGAAAUACUAUCACGCAAGAAGGUGCCAGGAUGCAUAAGCGGUCCAAAUAAAGAGAAAACAAAAGAACACGAGGCCUUUGAAAACAUAAAUACAGAAGAACAGCCAGAAAAGAGUAUCAUGGCAACAAUAGAUGAUGUAUUGUCAGCACGGCCUGGAGCUCUACCAGAAGACAAUUCUAAUCAUUUGACUUCUGAAACAGACAGCAGUAAGUUUCUAUUUGGUAUACACCAAGCAAAAGCGCACAGAAGUAUAAAGUUAUUGGAGGAUGAGCCUUGUAGCCGUGAUGAGACUCCACUGUGCACAAUCUCUGACUGGCGGGACUCUUUGGCAAAACGUUGCAUGUGUGUGUCAAAUAUAGUUCGUAGCUUGUCUUUUGUGCCUGGGAAUGAUGCUGAAAUGUCAAAGCACUCGGGCCUAAUACUUAUUUUGGGGAAGCUAAUUUUGCUUCAUCAUGAGCAUCCAGAAAGAAAGAGAACACCACGAACUUAUGAGAAAGAGGAAGAAGAGGACGAAGGGGUAGCCUGCAACAAAGAUGAGUGGUGGUGGGAUUGCCUUGAGGUUUUACGGGAGAACACAUUAGUUACCUUAGCCAACAUUUCCGGGCAGCUGGACCUGUCUGUAUACCCAGAAAGCAUUUGUUUGCCAGUUUUGGAUGGUUUGCUACACUGGAUGGUCUGCCCUUCAGCGGAAGCCCAGGAUCCUUUCCCAACAGUGGGACUUAAUUCAGUGCUGUCACCACAGAGACUUGUGUUGGAGACUUUAUGUAAACUCAGCAUUCAGGACAAUAAUGUAGAUCUUAUCUUGGCAACUCCCCCUUUCAGCCGCCAGGAGAAACUAUAUGCUACUUUGGUUAGGUACGUGGGAGACCGAAGAAUUUCAGUCUGCCGAGAAAUGUCCGUUGCUCUGUUGUCAAACUUUGCCCAGGGGGACACAUUAGUGGCUAGAGCUAUUGCCGUGCAAAAAGGAAGCAUCAGCAAUCUGAUCAGCUUCCUUGAAGAUGGCCUCACUGUGGCCCAACUUCAGCACAGUCAGCCAAAUUUGAUGCACAUGCAGCCUCCACCUAUUGAACCAACUAGUGUGCACAUGAUGUGUCGAGCAGCCAAGGCUUUGCUUGCCAUGGCUAGGAUAGAAGAGAACCGCUCAGAAUUUGUUUUAUAUGAGGGCCGCUUGCUAGAUAUUUCUAUAUCAUCUGUUCUGAACUCUAUGGUUGCAUCUGUCAUUUGUGAUACACUGUUCAUGAUUGGUCAAUUAUGACAGAAGUGGGAAGCCAAGCAUGUGUGAGUGGAGACAAAGGAGUUCCAUUUGAUUAACUACUUCUGUUAUUUAUCCAACAACAAAAAUCAUCUUUGCUCCUCUGCCCCAUUUACUAAAUUGGCCUUUAAAAAGGUGGUCAAUUUGGUCAAAUAUAAGAUGGAAAUAAAUAUUUGCUG